AAGCUAGGCAAGGAUGUGGGUCCACGGGUAGAAGACGUCCAUGCGUCACGCCGCCCAAUCAUGCCGCUUGUCAGAAUCCAGACACUUCCAGCACAGCAACCAGCAAGACAUCACGGUGAAAGUUCAAACAAUGGUGUCGGGGGAUCGUUCACCGCAAAUGUCGGCGGUGGUAGACCUAGUAAAUUCCUAUCCAGAAUAGCAGUCGCGCCACAACGCCUUUUGGUGUGCACAGUGCCGAUGCAUCCCUCGUACGCCUGAGACGCUGGUAUGCUCCGGUAGCGUCGACGUUAUACCAUGCUCAAACAGACGCAACGCCGGAAAGAGUACCAUACUGAC